AUGAGCGAAGAGGGUACGAGUUCAGACUUGAUGAACUCCUUGGGGAAUCGCCCGUACUACCUAUGGGGCGGGACGCAGCCAACGCACAUCAUUCUGUGCGGAUUUGUGGGCGGGCGGAGGUUUCCAUCCUAUGCCCCACCCAUUGUGGCCCCCCAACCCCCCCAGGGCCAGAACCCCUUCGAGCUGUCGUUUGAGCAGCCCACCCGCCUGCAGCCUGAAUUUGACUUCGACUGCCCACCCCGUCCUGACAUGCCCUCCAGCCAACCCAUCGAUAUCCCCGGCAAGAAGCGCCCAAGAAGAAGAAGCGCUGCAGAAGCCACCGACAGCUUCUCGGGGCGCUUUGAAGAUGUGUACCAGCUGCAGGAGGAGGUGCUGGGGGAAGGGGCCCACGCUCGAGUGCAGUCCUGCAUUAACCUCAUCACCAACAAGGAGUACGCUAUCAUCGAGAAGCGCCGCGGGCACAUCCGCAGCCGCGUGUUCCGAGAGGUGGAGAUGCUCUACCAGUGCCAGGGCCAUAGGAACGUGCUGGAGCUGAUCGAGUUCUUCGAGGAGGAGGAGCGCUUCUACCUGGUGUUUGAGAAGAUGCGGGGUGGCUCCAUCCUGACCCACAUCCACCGGCGACGCCACUUCAAUGAGCUGGAGGCCAGCGUGGUGGUGCGGGACAUCGCGCGCGCCCUGCACUUCCUGCACAACAAGGGAAUAGCACACAGGGAUCUGAAGCCUGAGAACAUCUUGUGUGAGAGCCCGGAUCAGGUGUCCCCGGUGAAGAUCUGUGACUUCGACCUGGGCAGCGGCAUCAAACUGAACGGGGACUGCUCCCCCAUCUCCACCCCAGAGCUGCUCACCCCGUGUGGCUCAGCUGAGUACAUGGCCCCGGAGGUGGUGGAGGCCUUCAGUGAGGAGGCGUCCAUCUACGACAAGCGCUGCGACCUGUGGAGCCUGGGAGUGAUUCUGUACAUCAUGCUCAGUGGUUACCCUCCUUUUGUGGGCAACUGUGGCACAGACUGUGGCUGGGACCGGGGCGAGGCCUGCCCCACCUGCCAGAACAUGCUUUUUGAGAGCAUCCAAGAGGGCAAAUACGAAUUUCCUGACAAGGACUGGUCACAUAUAUCCUCUGAGGCCAAAGAUCUCAUCUCCAAGUUGCUGGUUCGUGAUGCUAAAGAACGACUCAGUGCUGCCCAGGUCCUGGAGCACCCCUGGGUGCAGGGGUGUGCCCCAGAUAACACCCUGCCGACCCCCAUCAUCCUGCAGAGGAACAGCAGUGCCAAAGAACUCACCUCCUUCGCCGCAGAGGCCAUGGCCGUCAACAGGCAGCUGACACAGCGCCAGGAGGAUGAAGAGGAGGAGGAAGAACGUCCCAUCAUCAUCAAAGCAGCCUCCAGGGCCGUGCAGCUCUCACCACCCUCCGAGUCGCAGCUGGCACAGCGGAGGCAGAGGAGCAGCGCAGCCAAAGCAGUGGCUGCAGGGCAGCACCUGGUGGCCCCAUUGGUGCUGGUGGCUGACCAGGCCUGAGCCCCGCGGUGUCCCCCCCCUUCCCCACCCCAAUUCCUCUUCAGUUUUUCUUUUCUUUUUGCCCCCCCAACCCCCUUCUCUCCACACCCAAAUCUGCCCUCGUUUGCUGGCUGCUGAUGAGAUAGGGCUGUCCUGUUGGCUGCUCCCUGAGGUUUUGCAGAUCUUUUGGGACUGGUGGGGUUUUAAGGAAGAUCCUAUUUUCUUUAUAAGGUAUUAAAUCACACGUGGGGUCACUCCACCCCCCCGUGCCCCCCCAGCAUCCCCACAGACACUCAGACUUUGCUCCCCAGCUCGUGGUUGGUUUCUCCUGACCCGUCCCCCCCCACACACCCCAGCACCAAAGGACUCCGUGCUAUGGCUGCUCUCAGCUCAUACUGUGAACAAGACCCUCAGCAGCAGCACCAUCAUCUCAGCUCCAUGGGGAGCUUCUGAGGGGUCCCCCAAAUGCUGGGGGGGGGCUACAAGCAGUGGUGGCCAUCCCAGGGAUGGUGUGGGAGUGCACCCUAAUGCUCACCCCAAGCCCAAUGCUCACCCCCCUACAACUCAUCCCAUUGCCCCAACCCCAGCUCGUGCCCGCCCCAGCAGCCAGCCUUCAGAAUAAGCUAUUCACCCCCUUUUAUCCCUUUUUAAUUGUUACUGAUUAGUGUUGGUUUUAACCUGCUCUAGCUGUGCUUCUCUUCAGGGCACGGAGAAACGUCUUCCGUUCCGCCCUCGCUCCAGCAGGCAGCUCCCAGGGGUAAGGUCACAGUGGGGGGCGAUGCUCGGAGGGGUCCCAGGGCUGUGCUCCUGCACUGGGGGGGGGGGUCCUGCACCCCAGGUUCCA